AUGGAUGGUCCCAAUCAGACAGCUACAGAAUUUGUCCUCCUGGGAUUCUCUGGAAAAUCAGGGCAAGAAGAGAUUGUCUUUGGAAUGUUCUUGGGCAUGAACAUGGUCACCAUCUCUGGGAACCUUCUCAUCAUCUUGGCCAUCAGCUGUGACCCUCAUCUCCACACACCCAUGUACUUCUUCUUGGCCAACCUCUCCAGUGUUGACAUCUGCUUUUCCUCAGUCACUGUCCCCAAGGCUCUGGUGAACCACGUGUUGAGAAGCAAGUCCAUCUCUUACGCAGAGUAUAUGGCCCAGAUCUAUUUCUUCAUCACANUNAUCAACAUGGAUGGNUUCCUCCUGAGUGUGAUGGCCUAUGACCNCUAUGUGGCCAUCUGUCACCCUCUCCACUACACCAUGAUGAUGAGGCCCAGACUCUGUGUCCUCCUGGUGGCCAUAUCAUGGGCCAUCACAAACCUGCAUGCUCUCUUGCAUACUCUCCUCAUGGUUCGACUCACCUUCUGUUCCCACAAUGCAGUGCACCACUUCUUCUUCGACCCUUAUCUUGUCCUGAAGCUCUCUUGUUCUGACACUUUUAUAAAUGAUGUUGCAGCCUUCACUGAGGGUCCCUUGAUAUUCCUGACCCCACUUAUAUCCAUUGUUCUUUCUUAUGCCUACAUCUAUGCUAAGGUCUUGAAGAUGCCCUCUGCUCACAGGAUAAGGAAAGCCCUAUCCACAUGUGGGUUUCAUCUCACUGUAGUAUGCCUCUUCUAUGGGGUGAUCCUGGUGGCUUAUAAGCAUCCUUCUUCCUCCUACUCACUGCAGGAUGCAGUGGCCUCUAUCAUCUUCAAAGUGGUGACACCCAUGGCCAACACUUUCAUCUACAGCAUGAGGAAUCAUGACAUCAAAGGAGCCCUAAAGAGAAUAAUUCUCAGAACCUAG